AGUGAGAAAAUGUCUGAAAAAAUUUGAGCAAAAUUGUGAUUUUUUUUUUUUUCCUCCCUCGCAACUGUCUUUCUUUCUCUGUCCCUUCUCUGAAAAAUUUGCAGAAAUCUUCUUCUGUCUCUCUCUCCCCCGCUCAACACAAGGGAAAUUUCGGAGAGAGCACAAAAGCAAGAAGACUUGAAGAAAACGCGUGAAGGGCACAGAGGUAAUUCAACCAAGGGCAGUUUCGGUAGAGGGAUUAACGUUGACCUUGCGAGAUUGGUACCAUUUUCGUGAAUAAAAUCUCUGACCGAGGACAAAACGGUCAUUUAAAAGUAGUAAACUUGGUUAAAAUUCUCUUCGGCGGGGACUAUAAAUAAAGCUACAUUCAUUUCCACGGUUCAGUUGCACACAGAGAGAGAGAUAUUGAGAGAAGAUCCUCUACAGCUCUCUGUAAAAUUUAAAAAAAAAAAAAAAGAGAAAAAAAAGAAGAAAAUAAAACAAAAAAAGGAAAAAAAAACUGAAAUUUUAAAUUUCCGUUAUUCGCCGGGAAAUUAACGGUCAUAUUUUGUUACGUUUAAUGGCGGAUACUUCUCAUGGUCCGGCAACCUUCUGGACUCAAGCCGAUGCCCUUCUCAGAAAGAACUUAACCUAUCAGAAACGAAAUAAAAGGACAAAUAUUCGGCUAAUUUCAUUUCCAUUUCUGCUCUGUUUAUUGCUUGUUAUCAUCCAAAAUUUGGUCAACAGUCAAUUAGAUAAGCCUGAAAACAAGUGUGGCUGUGCAUGUAUUGAUAAAAAUGGAGACGGUCAAUGUGAGGAAGUUUGUGGAUUGCAAUACUCAGACUUGGAUCAAGCAGCCACUUGUCCCAUUGAGCACCCUCCAGAAUGGAUUCCGUUGUUACAAAUUCCAGAGCCUGAUCAACGUGCAGUGAUAUCAAGUUUUAUACCAUAUGCAGAUUUGCCAAAUGAGUCAUGCAAGAAGACUGGUUCUUGUCCUGUUACUCUACUUUUCACUGGGAAUAAUCAAACUCUUGGAGGAAUUUUGGCCGGGAAUGUGAUGACAAGUUCUUUUAUCCCAAAUUCCUCUGUGGAUAACUUCACCAACACUAUCUUGGGCUCAGAUUCAAAGACAUCAAAACAAAAUUUCCUGGAUCCUGCUUUCGCUUCUGGUCUUCCCUUGUAUGCUGUACAACGUCAGUGCACUCAGAACUCUACAUUUUCUGUUACAGUUGACGUAUUAGGCAGCGAAAUAGAAGAAGAGGUUAGAUGUGUUCAAGGUUUGAAUUUGUGGCGCAAUACUUCUGCUGAGAUAAAUGAUCAGCUAUACAAGGGUUAUAGAAAAGGGAAUCUCGAGAGGAAGAUUAAUGAGAUAGUUGCAGCCUAUGACUUCUUAAACUCCAAUCCAAAUAAUUUUAAUGUGAGCAUCUGGUACAAUUCAACUUAUAAGAAUCAGACAGGCGGAUCUGACAUUGGAUUGGUGCGGGUCCCACGAUCAGUGAAUCUGGCAUCCAAUGCCUACCUCCAGUUUUUGAAAGGGCCUGGUACACAAAUGCAAUUUGAUUUUAUCAAAGAAAUGCCCAAAGCUGGAACUAAAACAAGGCUGGACUUGUCUUCUCUUCUUGGUACUCUGUUCUUUACAUGGGUCGUCAUUCAACUUUUCCCAGUUGUGUUGUCAGCACUGGUUUAUGAGAAAGAGCAGAAACUGAGAAUCAUGAUGAAAAUGCAUGGGCUUGGUGAUGGGCCUUACUGGAUGAUUUCAUAUGCUUACUAUUUUACAGUAUCUGCAAUCUACAUGCUAUGUUUUGUAAUAUUUGGUUCUGUGAUAGGAUUAAAAUUCUUCACAUUGAAUGACUACAGCAUCCAAUUUGUCUUUUACUUCAUCUAUAUCAACUUGCAAAUAUCACUGGCUUUUUUGGCAGCUGCAUUUUUCUCUAAUGUUAGGACCGCUACAGUUUUAGGGUACAUAUGCGUCUUUGGAACGGGGCUUUUAGGAGGCUUUCUAUUCCAAUUUUUUCUCCAAGAUAAAUCUUUUCCAAGAGUCUGGAUCAUUGUGUUUGAGCUAUUUCCUGGCUUCUCUCUAUAUCGUGGGCUAUACGAGUUUUCACAGUAUUCUUUCUCUGGGGAUUUUAUGGCGACUGAUGGGAUGCGAUGGGGAGAUUUGGGUGAUAGCGAAAAUGGAAUGAUAGAAGUGUUAAUUAUCAUGAGUGUUGAAUGGGUGUUAGUGCUUCUUGUUGCAUUUCACAUAGAUCAAGGAAGAAGUCCUUUAUUUUACUUAAAAAGGUAUGGGAAGAAAAGAUCAUCUUUUAGGAUGCGUAGUUUGCAAAGGCAGGACAGUAAAGUUUUUGUUCAGAUGGAUAAACCCGAUGUCCUCCAAGAGAGCGAGAAGGUUGAACAGCUGCUACUAGAAUCAAACACAAACUAUUCCAUCAUAUGUGACAACCUCAAGAAGGUAUAUCCUGGAAGGGAUGGGAACCCUCCAAAGUUUGCAGUGAAGGGGCUAUCUCUUGCUCUACCUCGCGGGGAAUGUUUUGGUAUGCUUGGCCCUAAUGGUGCUGGCAAAACCUCUUUCAUAAGCAUGAUGAUUGGUCUCACGAAGCCAACAGCUGGAACAGCUUUCGUCCAGGGUCUGGACAUACAAAGUGAAAUGAAUGGAAUAUAUACAAGCAUGGGUGUAUGUCCACAGCAUGACCUGCUUUGGGAAACCCUCACAGGAAGGGAACAUCUACUAUUUUAUGGCAGACUUAAGAACCUCAAAGGUUCCUCUCUAACACAAGCAGUAGAGGAAUCUCUUAAGAGUGUCAACCUAUUUCAUGGAGGUGUUGCUGAUAAACAAGCUAGGAAAUAUAGUGGAGGUAUGAAGAGAAGGCUGAGUGUUGCAAUUUCACUCAUAGGGGAUCCCAAACCAAGUACCGGACUCGAUCCCGCUUCAAGGAACAAUUUAUGGAAUGUUGUGAAACGUUCAAAACAAGACCGGGCAAUCAUCCUCACCACACAUUCAAUGGAGGAGGCAGAAGUUCUAUGCGAUCGAUUAGGAAUUUUUGUAGAUGGCAACUUGCAGUGCAUAGGGAAUGCAAAAGAGCUGAAAGGCAGAUAUGGAGGAUCUUAUGUAUUUACAAUGACAACAUCUUCAAGUCAUGAGGAAGAUGUCCAGAACUUGGUUAAGGGUCUCACUGAAAAUGCUAACAAGAUAUAUCAUUUAUCUGGAACCCAGAAGUUUGAGUUGCCCAAACAUGAGGUCAGAAUUGCAGAUGUUUUCCAUGCAGUUGAGGUCGCGAAGAGCAGGUUCACAGUUUUUGCAUGGGGUUUAGCUGACACCACAUUGGAGGAUGUCUUCAUUAAGGUUGCUCGUGGGGCUCAAGCGUUCAAUGUGUUGUCAUGAUUGUCUCAGUUUUUUCCAUCGCUAAUGGCAUGUUUCUUUUGUUUAUCUUAUUAGUUUUCUUGGAACUGCUCAUUUAUUUGAGUUUCUUUUUAUAGCUGAUAUUACAGCAAGUACUGAAGUAGUUUACAGAGUUUUGUAUACCUUAUUUUUUGUGGGGUAUUGGUGCUUACUGUACAUUAUUGUAUAAUGUAUAAUGUUAUUUGUUAUAAGAAACAUGUCUAAAAUCAUUAUUACUCAAUCAAAGCUUCAUAAAUUUAUUUCUUCA